UUCAGACGAUUACUUCACUUCUUGGGUAGCAGAUCGAUUUAUAGAUUCGCUUAGUUAAAAUCAUAACAAUAUUUAAAACAGUGUAAAAGUAAUCUAGGAUAAUGUUUGUGUUAUUACUCUCAUUAUUAGUACCGUUGUUGUUCCUUUACUACCAGUACGUUAAAAGGUCUAGUCGUAAAUGGAAAUUGCUGUCAAAGUAUCCAGGAGAUUAUCCCCUACCUAUAAUAGGAAACGCACUACAGUUGGGAUUUGACGCUGAUGCUGCAUCUCAAAAAUUAUUAGGUCUAUGGAGGAAGCAUGGUAUGCAAAACUUUCGUUUGACUGUUGGAUCUGAAGAAUGGGUCAUCAUUUCUGAUCCAGAUGAUGUCGCGAUAGUUAUAAACAACCCAACAGAGCUGUCAAAGCCUACUGAUCGCAAUGCCGCCAUGAUGCCAUUUUUUGGAAACUCUGUCUCAACCUCCGAAGGGGACCGGUGGAAAACGACACGUAAACUGAUGUCUCCAAGCUUCAGUUACAAAACAUUGGAGAAAAGGCUCGAUUUUGUCAAUAAUUAUAGCGAACAUUUGUUUAAAUUGUUUGACAAAGAACAGGAGCACGUUGACAUGUACAAAUAUCUAGCACCAUACAUGUUUGAUGUUAUAUGUAAUUCAUUCAUGGGCGUUGAUUACAAUCUGCUUCAUAAUUUGGAAAACCCAUACUUAGAAGCUAGUAAGAAGGUGGUCAGUAUGAUAACACAAACAUUCUUUUCUUACUGGAGUUAUUUACCAGGAAUUUACAAUUUAACUCCUUUUUAUAGAAGUAUUCUUGAAGUCACGAAAACCCUCUCAAGUUCCAGUACCGAAAUGAUACAAGAAAGGCGAAGAAAAAUUAAUGAACGAUUGGAAAAGAUUAAAUUGGGACAAAUUAAGGCUAAUACUGAUGAUGAAUGUGAAUACUUAUUAGAUACAUUUUUACAAGGCAAGUUACAUAAUGGAGAUCCAAUUCCAGAUGAAAUGAUUAACGAGGAAAUAACUCUCCUCUGCUGGACGGGUCACUACACAACAAGCAAAACAAUGUCUCAUACAUUAUAUCUGCUAGCCAAGCAUCCGGAAAUACAAAAGAAAAUAUAUGAAGAACAGGUGGCUGUAUUGAAAAACAAUAUGUCAAGGAAAGUGACAAACCAUGAUUUGAACGAAAUGAAGUACUUAGAGGCUGCUAUUAAAGAGACCCUUCGUGUUUUACCAACUGUGAGUACAAUUGGAAGACAACUGAAAAAUGAUCUAAAGCUUAAAGGGGACCAAAUAGUUCCAGCCCAAGCAUCAAUUUUAAUGUUUUUUGAGGCAAUGUAUCAAAAUCCAAAAUUAUUUCCGGAGCCAGAGAAAUACAAACCAGAAAGAUUUUUCGACUCUAUGCACAGUUAUGCUUUCAUACCAUUUAGUGCUGGACCAAGAAACUGUUUAGGAUUCAGAUUCGCUUGGGUGGCCAUGAAAGCAACAAUUUCUAAUAUUAUCCGGAGGUACGAACUAACCCUGGCAGCUCCAGGCACAGAACCUCAAUUUGUGUACAGAAUAGUCACGGAAUCUACAAAUGGAUUGAAUUUGAAGCUGAAACGACGGUCAAAUUAGCAAAGCAGGGAAACAAGAUUAAAAAUAUUAAGUUUAAAUUUAAUUAGUCAUGGGCAGUGUUUCAGAUAUAAGAUAAAAUACGCAUAACUAUUUAAAUAUAGUUACUGUCUGUUAUUUUUCAGUAAAAUUAUAAUUCUUUGUUAAUAAUUUAUAAGCUUAAGCUAUUUAAUUUUCUUAUUUAAAACUAGCUGUCGAGGGACCUAAAACUAAGUCAUUUGAUUGAAUAAAUUAUUGAAAAAAGAA